GCAUUUUCUAUUCAUUUACUUGGCCAGUUGAGUAAAUCGUCAUUUUCAAUUUUCAGUACUGGGGCGACUGGUGAUAAAAUGUCGUUACUUUCCGCUCGUUUAGCUGCCAAAUUGGCAAGAAAUGCACCAAAAAAUGUUUCACAGAUUGCCGGAGCAGCUUUUCCAGCCUCCUCAGUAGCAACUCGCAAUUUCCAUGCAACUGCACAAAACCGUGGUGCUGAAAUUUCACAAAUCCUCGAAGAACGUAUCUUGGGGGCCGCACCAAAAGCUAACCUCGAUGAAACUGGACGUGUCUUAAGUAUUGGUGACGGUAUCGCCCGUGUCUAUGGGUUGAACAACAUCCAAGCUGAUGAGAUGGUGGAAUUCUCAUCUGGUUUAAAGGGUAUGGCCCUUAACUUGGAACCCGACAAUGUUGGUGUUGUAGUAUUUGGUAAUGACAAGCUCAUCAAAGAAGGAGACAUUGUCAAAAGAACCGGAGCUAUUGUAGAUGUGCCUGUUGGUGAACAAAUUUUGGGACGUGUAGUCGAUGCUUUAGGUAAUCCUAUUGAUGGUAAAGGCCCCCUAAACACCAAAACGCGUUUCCGUGUUGGUAUUAAGGCCCCCGGUAUUAUUCCACGUAUCUCUGUAAGAGAACCUAUGCAGACCGGAAUUAAAGCUGUAGACUCUUUAGUACCCAUUGGUCGUGGUCAGCGUGAGUUGAUCAUUGGUGAUCGUCAAACAGGUAAAACUGCUUUGGCUAUUGAUACUAUCAUCAAUCAAAAACGUUUCAACGACGCCGACGACGAAAAAAAGAAGUUGUACUGCAUUUACGUCGCCAUCGGCCAAAAGAGAUCCACUGUUGCCCAAAUCCUCAAACGUCUAACUGACACUGGCGCCAUCAACUACACCAUCAUUGUGUCGGCCACCGCCUCCGAUGCCGCCCCCUUGCAAUAUCUCGCUCCCUAUUCUGGUUGCGCUAUGGGAGAAUUUUUCAGAGACAAUGGAAAACAUGCUCUAAUCAUCUACGACGAUUUGUCCAAACAGGCAGUCGCCUACCGUCAGAUGUCUCUAUUGCUUCGUCGUCCACCAGGUCGUGAAGCCUACCCUGGUGACGUGUUCUACUUGCACUCCCGUCUAUUAGAACGUGCUGCUAAGAUGUCUGAAGCCCACGGAGGUGGUUCUUUAACUGCCCUGCCGGUCAUUGAAACCCAAGCCGGUGACGUAUCUGCCUACAUUCCAACCAACGUAAUCUCUAUUACUGACGGUCAAAUCUUCUUGGAAACCGAAUUGUUCUACAAAGGUAUCCGACCUGCCAUCAAUGUCGGUUUGUCUGUAUCGAGAGUAGGAUCAGCUGCCCAGACCAAGGCCAUGAAACAGGUGGCAGGUUCCAUGAAACUGGAAUUGGCCCAAUAUCGUGAGGUAGCUGCGUUCGCUCAAUUUGGUUCCGAUUUGGAUGCCGCCACCCAACAAUUGUUGAACAGAGGUGUCCGUCUAACUGAAUUGUUGAAACAAGGUCAAUAUGUACCCAUGGCUAUUGAAGAACAAGUGGCCAUCAUCUACUGCGGUGUCAGAGGUCAUUUGGACAAAGUUGACCCCUCCAAGAUUACAGUAUUUGAAAAACAAUUCUCAGAACACAUUAAGACUAGCCACAAGGACAUUUUGUCAAGCAUCGCUAAGGAAGGUAAAAUUACGGAUGAUACUGAUGCCAAGCUUAAAAAACUCGUGCAAGACUUCUUAGCCAGCUUUUCUGGUUAGAUUAAAUAAAUAGUAAAUAUUUAUUAUUACAAUUUCAAUAAAAAAUAUGUGCCCAUCAAUAUUCGUUGAUCUUUUGAAAUAUAAUCAGAUUAAUUAAUACAUCUGCAUCUGUUAUAAAAUAAGUCAUCUUAGAUUAGGGUAUGAAGAGAAGCAGUGCGUUUUCAUGAGUUAAACAAGGGAUGCAAAACAUACUUAUAUUUCAUUUUACAAUCAUUAUUCGACCUUUCUGUUUUUUAAUAUAAUCUUAUUUGUAAAAAUAAACCUAAAAGUUAAAUAAAGUUUUUUGUUUUAAUUA